AUGGGACUCCCACUCUUCGUUGCCCCUGUCGAGUCCGACCUGCCAUCCAAGCUUGGUGAUAAGUCGGCCUCUGCGCGCCAGCCUCGCUCUGUCAUUCGCCGAAGCCGACGCAACGUCGAUGCUCGCCCCUUCCGUCGCCGCGCCGCCUUGCUUCGCGACAACUUCCCCACUCCUGGCCCCGAGCCGGUUCCACGGCACCGGUACCCAUGGAUUGAGUCGGGUCACCCCCCUCCCCCCGAGGCCUACGCCGCACCACCCCCGCGAACCACCCCGCCCAGCGAUGCGGAUCGUUCGGCGCCGUCCGCGGAAAGUACCGAGUUACGCGAGGCUUUGCGCGAGGUGCGCAGUCGCGGCGACUCCAGAGAGGCCCAACUGAUGUCGCUCGUUGGCGAGCGCUGGGCUCUGGAAAACGUGCCUCAGCCGCCUCGGAGAAUAUCCAGCCCUCCUUCUGCCGAAGAAGGUCGUUCCAUAUGGGAGGAGAUUUCUCGCCAGUAUAACAGCGCAUUUGGCGAGCAUGAGAGGCCAUCGAUGGAUAUCAUCACAGAUCCUGUCGAGAGGCGGAGACACCGCGCUCAGGUUGUCGCUCGCAUGUCUAUGGUCGGUCUGCUUGUCGAACAUGACUGA